GAUGGCAACGUGACUCGUCGUCGCUCUCGGAUCGAACGGGAUUCCCUCGAAAGAACUGUAAUAGGAGUGUAAUAAUAACAAUAAGUGUAAUCAGAUAAAUGCAAACGGCAAAACAACAAUCGAAAACGUGAAAUCAACCGCCAAAUAACAAGUGCAAAUACGUCCCUAUAAAUAGAUCUACAUAUAUAAAGCAAUUGUUCAAUAUGCGUCGGAAUAUCAAAUUGAUUGUCUUCGUUAGCAUCAUUUGGAUGUUUGUGAUGGUCUAUUACUUUCAGACCAGCACGGAGAAGGUGGAAAAUCGAGCAUUGCGGCUACGUGAGGUGGCCACAGCCAUGCAACAAUAUCAGGACGAGUCGUCGGCAGGCGCUUCAACAGCCCGACAAUGGGCUUCAGCUGGUAACACGCCAGUUCGUGUACUGGGCGGAGGAGUUGGUGCCGUUGGGGGCAGCGGGGCCGAUGAUCCUGGUGGCAAUGUUAUACUAAUCGGUUCGGUGAAGGACUUUGAGCGAAAUGCUGUGCACGGCUUAAAAUUAAAUGGGAUUGUGGCUCUGGAAGAUACGUCACAGGGUAAUAGCGGCACUGGUGGUCCUUCAGGUGGUCGUUUACCCAUAGCACCAAGUGCCCGGGGAGCCGGUGAAGUAGAAUAUUUCGAUGAGGCUGGCUAUAUACGUGCUGGAGCAUUACGCAACGGCGAAGAUCCUUAUAUCAGAAAUCGUUUCAAUCAAGAGGCCAGCGAUGCACUGCCCAGUAAUCGAGAGAUUCCCGAUACAAGAAAUCCCAUGUGUCGCACUAAAAAAUUCCGUAAUGAUCUGCCAGAGACGAGUGUCAUCAUUACCUUCCACAAUGAGGCGCGUUCCACUCUGCUGCGUACUAUAGUUAGUGUGCUAAAUCGUAGUCCGGAGCAUUUGAUUCGGGAGAUUGUACUUGUUGAUGAUUACAGUGAUCAUCCUGAGGACGGUUUGGAGUUGGCCAAAAUCGAUAAGGUUCGCAUUAUCCGCAAUGACAAGCGCGAAGGUCUAGUCCGAUCACGUGUCCGCGGUGCUGAUGCUGCCGUUAGUAGUGUCCUGACCUUCCUCGACAGUCAUGUGGAGUGCAAUGAGCAAUGGCUGGAGCCUCUGUUGGAGCGAGUACGCGAAGAUCCCACACGUGUGGUUUGUCCCGUCAUCGAUGUCAUCAGCAUGGAUAACUUCCAGUAUAUAGGAGCCUCGGCGGACUUACGUGGUGGCUUUGAUUGGAACUUGAUCUUCAAAUGGGAGUACCUAAGUCCCGCGGAGAGAUCUGUUCGCCAUAAUGAUCCAACUACAGCCAUCAGGACACCAAUGAUAGCUGGCGGAUUGUUUGUCAUCGAUAAGGCGUACUUCAACAAACUGGGAAAAUACGAUAUGAAAAUGGAUGUCUGGGGUGGCGAAAAUCUGGAGAUUUCAUUCCGAGUGUGGCAGUGUGGCGGAAGUCUGGAAAUUAUUCCAUGCAGUCGGGUGGGACAUGUUUUCCGUAAACGUCAUCCUUACACAUUCCCUGGGGGCAGUGGAAAUGUUUUUGCACGGAAUACACGCAGAGCUGCGGAAGUUUGGAUGGAUGACUAUAAACAACACUAUUAUAAUGCUGUGCCAUUGGCCAAAAAUAUUCCAUUUGGCAACAUUGACGACCGGCUGGCUUUAAAGGAGAAACUGCAUUGCAAACCAUUUAAAUGGUAUCUGGAGAAUGUUUAUCCUGACCUGCAGGCACCUGAGCCCCAGGAGAUUGGACAAUUCCGUCAGGAUGGUACCGAAUGCUUGGACACAAUGGGCCAUUUAAUUGAUGGCACUGUUGGCAUUUUCCCUUGCCACAAUACAGGCGGCAAUCAGGAAUGGGCUUACUCGAAACGUGGCGAAAUCAAGCACGACGAUCUCUGCUUAACACUUGUCCAAUUCUCCCGUGGCUCUCAGGUGGUGCUGAAGUCAUGCGACGAUUCGGAGAAUCAACGUUGGAAUAUGCGCGAAGGUGGCCUAGUGCGACAUAACAAGAUCAAUGUGUGCCUCGACUCCAGGGAUCACAAUCAACAGGGAAUUAGUGCACAGCGCUGCAAUUCGGCUCUAUCCACACAGCGUUGGUCCUUUACCAAAUACGCGUGAGAGAAGAACUUAACAACUGAAGCUUAAAGCCGUCUAAUUAGUUUGAAAAAUGAAAUGGAAAACUGAGAAAAGUAUAGGAAGCGAGGGAAGUUAAGAGGAAAAGGAAGAGCUGCGGUCGUGAUAUUUGUGCAAGUUUACUUGGGUAAACUAUCUUCUCAGUACUCUAUUGAUAAAUGUGGAUUCUAUAUGUGUACGUAUAUGGAACUAUGUAUGUAUAUGUAUGUGUAAUGAUUUAACUUGUUAAUUUGUUGCUGAACAUAACACAGACAGACACACACACAGACACAAAGUACAUUUGACACAUAUACUAUCUAUAGGGUAUAUGUAAGUACGUAAAUACAUAUAUUCGAUGACUA